AUAUAAUCGAAAAGUGACCGUUAUUGCAAUGCUUUGUUCAUUAACGUCAUAUUUCACCUUUUUUAGAUACCUGUCUGCGUGUAUGUGUGUAUGUGUGCGGUUGACGAAAACAACUAUAAAAAUUGCAAACAGAAAACAUAACCUCUAAAGGGCAUCGCAAAAAUGCCCAUAAACAAUACAUUCGUGUGCAUACGAAUAAUUGAUAAAAUUCAUUGCAAACAACUGAGUGAUAAAGUGAUUUUAUCAUAUGCGAUUCGAAAAUAAAUGAACAGAUAUGUUUAAAUAUCGAAUUUACCGUAAUGAAUAACGAUUUUUAUUAUUACAAUAAUCCCAAGCAAUGUGUGGCAAAAAUUUGCCAUGUUAUACAAAUGCGAACAGUUUUUUUUUUCGCAAUUAAAUAGCAACAUAAGUUUACGGUACUGAAAACGGACCCAAAACAUAUACGCACACAUUUAUAAACAAUUGAUCGUACGAUUUUUAGGCGAUUGCCAAACACACAACUCAACACAGGAUUUGCUUAAUAUGCAUGAAGUACACUCAUACAUAUGCCAGUGUUCCGUAUACGUAUUCGACCGUAAAACGUCUUAACGCAUCGUUAGCAGAGUCAAGCACAGAGCCCAAGCAUGUAAUGAAAUUAGUUUAUGGUUGGCAGUUGUCGUACAUGGUGUAUGCUGUUAUUUUACAGAGAAUUUGAGAAAAAGAAGUAAACAAACGAAUUUAUUAUUGAAAUUGACAUAAAAACGUUAAACUAGUGAGAAGAUAAAAUAAGUGAACCUUUCUUUGGGCCUGUAUUGUAUAACAAACUGUGUAAAUUGAAUUAGAAAGCGACUGGAAAAUUGCAUUGUGCUAAAGGAGAAAGGAUGAAUUUGUCGUUUGCUGGCUGUGGUUUCCUCGGUAUUUACCAUGUUGGAGUUGCUGUAUGUUUCAAAAAGUAUGCGCCACACUUGCUGCUAGAUAAAAUAAGUGGAGCUUCAGUUGGAUGUUUGGCAGCUACCUGUUUACUCUGUGAUAUGCCAUUAGGUGAAAUGACAUUAGACUUUUUCCGUGUUGUCAAUGAAGUUCGAUCACAUUCACUUGGUCCAUUCAGUCCGUAUUUUAAUAUUCAAACGUGUUUGUUGGAAGGAAUGCACAAAAAUUUGCCCGUUGAUGCUCAUGAACGUGUCAAUGGGCGUUUGCGUUUGUCAUUGACACGAUGCUCCGAUGCCAAGAAUAUAAUUGUGUCUCAGUUUGACAGUCGCGAAGAGUUGUUGCAAGCUUUGCUGUGUACUUGUUUCAUUCCGGGAUUUUCCGGCAUUCUACCGCCAAAAUUUCGUGGUGUUCGCUAUAUCGAUGGGGCGUUCUCUGAUAAUUUACCAAUCCUAGACGAAAAUACAGUCACUGUCAGUCCAUUCUGCGGUGAAAGUGAUAUUUGUCCGCGCGAUCAAAGUGCGCAACUGUUCCAUAUGAAUUGGGCCAAUACAAGCAUCGAGUUGUCACGACAGAACAUGAAUCGAUUCGUUCGCAUUAUGUUCCCUCCAAAGCCGGAGAUAUUAAGCAAUAUGUGCCAACAAGGUUUUGAUGACGCCCUUCAAUUUCUACAUCGAAAUAAUUUAAUUAGCUGCACUCGCUGUGUGGUUGUUCAAUCGACAUUCGUCGUACAAGAGCCUGCGUUAUCCGAAGAUGUAUUCGAUCCAGAAUGUACAGAUUGCCAGCAACAUCGUGAGGCUGCGUUGAUUGGAAAUAUGCCAGAAACUGUUCUAUCUGUCUUCCAAACGUGCAUUGAAUCAGCGAAUAAAGGUCUGACAAAUUGGAUGUUUGGACAUAAAGGUACAAAGAUUUUAAGGGCGCUUUCGUUACCCGCUACUCUUCCGGCCAAUUUGGUUUUCUCAACUGUAUCAAAAUUAGUGUCAGCUGCCCCAUGUGUAAGUGAACAAUUGUGGUCAUUGGGCAAAUAUGUAUUGAGUCAAGGUCCUCCAAAGAUGUCGGAUGAAUUGUCUAAUAAACAAGCAAAUGUUCUGUCACAUCAGUCGUCAAAAAUCGAUGUUUUCCAUAACAAUGAUGGAACACCAACUGUGACUACAAAAGAUCCGACUGACAACAACAGCAGCAGCAGUGAAUUCAAUCCGGCGUAUUCGUUUAAACUCAAACCGAAUCCAACACAAUGCGAGGUAGACACAUUUGACCAUAUACUGCAGGUCAUAUCAUACCACGAUGCUAUUUAUUCAUACUACUACACGGACGAUAAUAACGAGGUGAAAUUCACAAAAAUCGUUGAUUUAUCCGACGUCAGCAAUAACACAAAUGGGCAAGUGCAUAAAAAUGUGAAAUGUCAUCAAAUCCACGCACAUGCGACCGAUAAUGCAAACAACAACAAUACAAGCAAUUUCAAUAACAACCAGAAAGUGGAGCAUCAAUAUACCACAGGCGAAGAUAGUCCCACGAUCAGCGAAGACGAUUUAGAUAAUUUAAUCAACCAAACGAUUAAAGAAUGGCAGCUACACCAAAAAACUAAUGCCGGAACUGAAAAAGGGACCAUCAACAUUGGUCUUACUCAAUCGGCUUCACAUGUAUCGUAAUACGUAACCAAAGUACUUCUAUCUAUAUAUACAAGAUUGUCCAAAUCACUGUGCUUAUUCUCAACAGCUUAUUUUUUUUACAUAUGAAUAGUUUUAAGUGUUUUAUUGAGAGACUCAAAGUGACAUAUUAUUAAAUGACUGAUUUAGGUCUAUAUAAAAAUAAAAUCCCCGAUUUAAGAAAAUUAAAA